AUGGAUCCUCGCUCGAAUCAACCUGUCACUGAUUGGCAAUCUAUUUCCAAUCGUUCGCCGGUGUCUCCGCUCUUGGACCAUGGAGCUGAGUUUCGACGUUCUGUUUGUAUGGCUCUCAAUGUUCGCAAUAAGCUUGGCGCGUGGUUCAAUUCGUUUAAGCAAGACGAUACACCUAGAGUAUAUGAGAUUGAGCAGAGACUUAGUGUUAUACAACAGGGUUAUAAAGAUGUUAGUGCGUAUUACACUGAACUGAUUACUUUGUGGAAGGAGUACAAGAACUACAUUGAACUUCCUGUUUGUACUUGUGGCCAGUGCGAAUGUAAUGAUUCUUUGUUAUGGGAGAAACUGCAGCAAUGUAGUCGUGUGACUAAGUUCCUCAUGGGACUGAAUGAAGUAUAUGAACAGACGAAAAGUCACAUCCUGAUGCUUAAGCCUAUUCCAUCGAUUGAAAAAGUUUACAAUAUGGUUGCCCAUGAUGAGAGACAACGUCUUGUUCGCCAUGUGAUCAACUCUGAUAGUGUGGUCUUUCAAGCUCCAGACUCUUCUCAAUUGUUACAGUUCAUGGAGUCUCUGGAGUAUGCUGCUGCCUACAAUGUUUAUAAGCCAAAGUCUAAUCGUCAUUUGCAGUCUCUCUUCCAGCAGCUUCAUACUCAUGUUCAGUCUUCAGAAACGGUAGAUUCAUGUUGUAAGGCUUCAAUCUCAGACAAAGGUGUCAUGGCUAGUCAAUCAUCCUCUGGUAACUCUGUCUCUCUUUCCACCAAUCUCCGUUUUGAAAACCACAUUUUCACCUCUAACCAUCAGCGUCUCUCAACACUUUCCUCCUCUUUAUCUCCUUCAUCUUGGAUCAUUGAUAGUGGGGCUUCUAGCCAUGUGUGUUAUGAUCUUAGUAUGUUCCGAGAAAUCUUUCAACAUUUGACAUAA